CCGCCGCUACCGGCUGGCCACCAUCGCCAACUUCUCGGCGCUCGGGCUGGAGCCGGGCGACGUGGACCUGGAGAAGCUGGAGCAGGAGGACUGCCUGGACGGCUGGGAGUUCAACCAGGACGUCUACCUGAGCACGGUCGUGACCGAGUGGAACCUGGUGUGUGAGGACGACUGGAAGGCCCCCUUGAUAAUCUCCUUGUUUUUUGUGGGUGUGCUGUUGGGCUCCUUCAUUUCUGGGCAGCUCUCAGACAGGUUUGGUCGGAAGAACGUGCUGUUUGUGACCAUGGGCAUGCAGACAGGCUUCAGCUUCUUGCAGAUCUUCUCGACGAACUUCGAGAUGUUUGCCGUGCUGUUUUUCCUUGUAGGCAUGGGCCAGAUCUCCAACUAUGUGGCAGCAUUUGUCCUGGGAACAGAAAUCCUUGGCAAGUCGAUUCGUAUUAUAUUCUCCACGUUAGGAGUGUGCAUAUUUUAUGCAGUCGGCUACAUGGUGCUGCCCCUGUUUGCUUACUUCAUCAGAGACUGGCGGACGCUGCUGCUGGCACUGACGGUGCCAGGGGUGCUGUGUGUGGUGCUCUGGUGGUUCAUCCCGGAGUCCCCCCGGUGGCUUAUCUCUCAGGGAAGGUUUGAGGAAGCAGAGGUGAUCAUCCGCAAGGCUGCCAAAAUCAAUGGCAUUGUUGCCCCCUCCACCAUCUUUGACCCAAGUGAGUUACAAGAUCUAAGCUCCCAGAAGCAGCAGUCCCACAGCAUUCUGGAUCUGCUUCAGACUCGGAAUAUCCGAAUCGUCACCAUCAUGUCCAUCAUUCUAUGGAUGACCAUCUCAGUGGGCUAUUUCGGGCUUUCCCUUGAUACCCCUAACAUGCAUGGGAACACCUAUGUGAACUGCUUCCUUUCGGCGGUGGUCGAAGUGCCAGCGUAUGUGUCGGCCUGGCUGCUGCUGCAAUACCUACCCCGGCGCUAUUCCAUGGCCACUGCCCUCUUCCUGGGUGGCAGCGUCCUUCUCUUUGUGCAGCUGGUGCCCCCAGAAAUGUAUUAUUUGGCGACAGUCCUGGUGAUGGUAGGCAAGUUUGGAGUCACCGCUGCCUUCUCCAUGGUCUACGUGUACACAGCCGAGCUGUACCCCACGGUGGUCAGAAACAUGGGCGUGGGGGUCAGCUCCACAGCGUCCCGCCUGGGCAGCAUCUUGUCUCCCUAUUUUGUCUACCUUGGGGCCUAUGACCGCUUCCUGCCCUACAUUCUCAUGGGAAGUCUGACCAUCCUGACAGCCAUCCUCACCUUAUUCCUUCCAGAGAGCUUCGGUACUCCUCUCCCAGACACCAUUGACCAGAUGCUAAGGGUCAAAGGAAUAAAACACAGGCAAACUCCAAGCCACACAAGGAUUGCAAAAGAUGGUGAAGAAAGCCCCACAAUCCUUAAAAGUACAGCCUUUUAAUACACCCUCCAGUAAGUAACUAAAGAGGAAAAACUGCAUCUCUCGAGAAACGGCCUCGCAGACUCAGACCUUUGGUGACAACAGCCUUUGCUGUUUAGUCUUCUAACCCUGUGUCUGACGUGCUCAUGGGUGGGCAUCCAGACUCAGACUGCAAAUGGCCCUCAGGUACCACCUUUCCUCCAGGGACACUGUGGCACACACCUACACACACUUUAGAUGUGCCCUGUUACAGUGACGGACUGUGCACUUCCUAAGAAUUACUCACUAGAACCAGUGCGAUUUGGAAGAGUGAGAGGCAUCUGCUAAAUUUAUAUUUUAGACUACCCGUAAAGGCUUCCAAUACUGGAGGUCUAAGUUUUCUCUCGACUAUCCCUUCAAUGGUGAACUGUAAAGGAAAAUAAUAAUUUCACAGGGCAUUUGAUUUUUUUCACCUUUUCUCAGUUAGAAAGGAGGUGCUGUUUCCCCAGGACAGGAGAGCACAGGGUUAGGAAAAACGAAAGGUCAUUAGCAUGGAGGGGCUGAGCUGGUGCGGAACCUGGGCCAGCACAUUGAUCUGUGAGCUCUUGGACCGCUCAGUUCCCCUCCUGGGUAGACUUGUUUACAUCCGAGCGAAGUACUGGGCUUGUCAAGGCCCAUAGAAAUGCCUUAUUGAAUCUACUGAUCUCAUUUUCCAGUGCUGUAUAAAUCAAACCUCCUCACCACUGUAUCUUAAUAUGGUGUGAACGAAGUCUGUCCAUGCGGAGGAGACAAGCAGCCUUGUCUCCGCUCUCAAAACUGUAAUUUGGGUUUUGUUUUGUUUGUUUAUUGUUGUUUGUCUCUUUCUCCUUAAGUUAUUUGCCAUUCAGAACGGACUUGGGAAAGGCUGGUUCCUUAGCUUCCUGGUUUGCAUUGUUUUUUUUUUUUUAAACCCAGAAUCACUCUGGCAAUGGUCUGCAGUUGCUCCUCAUGCAAGUCCUUGCCAACCUCAGCCAUUAGCACUUCUCAGAGUGCAAACGUGAUGUCAUUUGUGUGUGUUCCUGUUGUGAUACCUAAUCACGGGGAGGAUUAUAAAAAAGAAACUGAAAUCAUGGUUGCAGGCUUUCAGAGCUGCUUUUAGUCACAGAGCGUUACUGGGAGGUAUUCUGUGUUCAGCGUAAUUGUCUUCUCUUUUCUGAUUAUGUUGUUGUGGUACUUCAAAGUACACAUUUCACCUGGUUUCAAAAAACAUUUUUGUGGAAGCUGCUGAAGUGCCUUGGGAAAUGAGAAAGUCUGAGUAAAUAAAAUGAUUUUUUAAAUAAUGGAAA